AUCUGCUUAGGCGCCCGGCGCUUCAUUGAGAACAAUGUCGAACAGUAUGUUAACCUUUGAUGAAGCCUCGUGCUACUCACAAUCAUCUGCAGAUUUUGUUAUCUUUACUGUGUUCAUUUUUUUCAAUAUGGAAGGUCUUUCCAGUGCUUCAGCUGCUUUCGCCGUCAUAUCUCUCGCUGUGCAGCUAGCCGAAAGUGUCAAGAAGCUAGUGGAGUUUUGGCAAGCUAUCGAAGAUGCACCAGGAGAUGUUAGUGAACUGUUUUCUGACCUAGAACUCCUGUCAGCCUUUCUAGUGAACAAUCAGAAAAAGUUUGCUCGACACAGCCCCUAUGACCUGAUUGCCCAGCGAAUCUUCAGCAAAUGUCAAAAAAGGAUUGAAAAACUUCAUGAAAAACUUCAUCCCACAAUGGUCGCCUUCACGUCGUCGUCUUCUCGUAAAAGGAAGUGGGCCGCACUGAAAGUCACUCUAAAAAACGAAGAGAUCAAGAAGAUGCGUACGUCGGUAGGAGAAUCUUUGGUGGCUGUGCAGAUGAUUCAGCAAGAUGCUAUCUCGUAUGUUAACCUUCUUCAAUGUCCGUCAAGUAGAAAGACUUUCUAAACUCAAUUUUCCACUUUCAAUAGUGAUAUGGCAGAAAUGGCUCUCCGGCACCAAGAAGAAACUUCGAAAGGCAUAAGCGCCAUACAGGAGAUUGUUGUACAGUAUUCGCAAAACCUCAACCCUAUGCAUGGGUCUAAAUCGCUAUCUUCAACAUAUGCUUCUUCCAUGCUCUUGGAGGAAAAGAAGACCACAGAGCUAAGCCUACUAGAUUUGCACCGAGAUAAGGAGAGUCAUGGUUAUUCUCAGCCUACUAGUACAACGAUAGAUGCAAGAAAUGCCAUGAUCUUCCAAAACAGCUCACCUGCAAUUUUGGAUGAAGUUGGAAGCUCAGUCAAUGACAUCAAAAAACAGAUCAUUGGGCAUACAUCGUCCAAAACUAGAUUGUGGGAGACUGAUGGCCAGACACCUAUUUUCUCAUUUCGUGUCAGCUCCGCCUCGACCAAAACUACAAGUGCAAAUGAAUUGAGUUCUCACGAAACUAUUGAGACGAGAAUUGGCAUAGUAUUCUACCCAGCAAAAUGGCUGUAUCGCCUUGGCGUAACUAUGGGGAUUCGCAUGUCGGCGACCGUUGAUAACGGCUGGAUGUUUACAUUCUCCUCCUUUGGGGCUGUUCCAGAAGAUGCGUUGAUUUUUGAUCUUUGCCGACAAGGCAAUGUUGCCGGUGUAAAAAUUCUUUUGGGUCGUGGGGAUGCUUCCCUUGAAUGUGAAAACCCUCAGGGUAAAACGCCGUUGUGGGUAGGUUUUCUCACGCUCCCUACAGCUUCUCGUAGCUAAUCACUCAAUUGCUGCAGACCGCCGUCAACUAUGGCCAAGUCGACGUCGCGAGAUUUUUGAUCGCCGCUGGAGCCAAGAAUACAGCCAACAAAAUCAACCUAUGGCAGAACCCCGUCGUGCUUGAUGCUCGUCGGAAGAUUGCCAUAAUUGAGACCUUAGAAUUUUACUCAAAGUACAAAGGUAAUAGUAUAUAUGGCACUAUUGGUCGCUUAUCGAUAUUUUACACCCCAAGCAAACGACUUGAUAUGACCCAAGAAGAAAUCUCGGACAAUAUGUUGUGUGUGUUUAAAGCCUUAACUCCCUCUCUACGCACCGGAAAUGCUGCUGCCAUUCGUUAUCUUCAUGAAAUGCUAUCAAGUGGUCAUUGUGGGAGCCUCAUUCAUUGGCUAAUAAGUAGACUCGAAGGCAAUCUCGAUGUACAUGAAGACAGUGUCACUUCCUACUCAUUACUACACUGUUUGAUUGGUGCCCGAUUCCUUCAUAGGGAUUUGCUUUCCGUGAGAAUGAUCAUGGAGAAAACAACAGACUUACAUAGUUGCCACGGUUACGGGGCUUGGGGUCAAUACCAACCACAGACACCCACAGUUCUUGCAAUGUAUGACCAGGAUUUGUUCAUUCCAUGGCGACAACUUCUUCUAGAAUCUAAACAGGAUAUGGAUACCUUCAUCGAGCGGGAGGUUGAUGCUAAGCAAUUGACGUCCAUGGGUUGGACUAAAGCAACGUUGAAAGCCUUAUUCCGGCAUCAGUUCAACACGCCGAGCUACGAGGGAAGAAGACCAUUUCAUGGGUUUCCUGUAUGUGACAGAUGCAAUCAUGUCAAUAUCUCCAUUAGCAUGCUUCGCCUCAAGAUAGAUCUUGAGUUUAGGAGACAGCUUCGAGAGAUCAGAACUGGUCGUUCUCAAAUACCACUUUUCUCGCAUACAACAGAUGUCAGGAGCGGCUCAUCCUUGAGCUUAAGUGUCGACGAAAAUGGGCAUCCUAUAUCAAAUAGUUCACAGAAGACAUGGCCACCAUUACCCUACCGCUUUGUAUGUUCUGACAGCUGCCGUGAUGGCAUUUCUGUUCACGACGUAUUUGAAAAUAAUUUGGAGGAUUUGCCAGUAUUUCCACCAUAUAUCUCUAAGGAGGAACAGGAACGCCUUGAGCAAUUACGUUUGGCAGAGGAGGAAGCAAAAUGUCCCACUUAUAAGAUGCCUGGGGCUUUUUGAUAUGACUCGCGACUGGGAGAGAAGGCCUAAGACCCUAGUCGGGUCAUCACGUCCCAAUUCAAUAAUGAAAUCACCCUAAGGAUUUCAAAGGCUCAUGCCGCAUUUAUAAUUCAAAUUUAAAUGCUUGUCAGAUUUGACACUCAAAUGAUCCUUUACGCUCCAAAGAGCCUACACUUUGCAAACUGACAAUCGAAUAGCCUUUCACCAUUUGUAUCUUGCUUGUUCGUUUUCUUUUUUUUUUAGGUCUUGAGCAUGGGCCGAGUUCAUAGAAUAUACAAGACCGAGCAGAAUUGUUACAAAUCUGCUGAAGCAUCAAAUUUUGGAAU